CCAAAGAGUUAUCAUCCUUCAAUGGCCUUGAGGAACCACAGCACCAUGACUGAGUUCCUCCUCCUUGGGCUGCCUGCUGAUCAUGCCAGCCAGGCCCUACUCUUUGUGCUUUUCCUGGUAAUUUACCUCCUGACUCUGUCAGGGAACCUACUGCUGAUCCUGGUGAUCAGGACCAGCUCUCACCUUCACACCCCCAUGUACUUCUUCUUGAGUCACCUCUCCUUUGUGGAUCUCUGUUACUCUUCAGUCACGGUGCCCAAGAUGUUAGAGAACCUCCUGUCUGAGAAGAAAACAAUCUCCAUAGAGGACUGUUUGACCCAGGCCUUCUUUGUGUUUGACUCUGGGGGAACACAGAUCUGCCUCCUUGCAGUGAUGGCCUAUGACCGCUAUGCUGCCAUCUGCCACCCUCUACACUAUGGUCAGAUGAUGAGUGAUGAGCUGUGUGUGGGGCUGGUGGGGGGAUCCUGGGGCCUGGCCUUUCUGGAUGCUCUCAUCAAUACCCUCCUAACUUGGAAGUUAGACUUCUGUGAGACUCGAGUCAUCUCCAACUUCCUUUGUGAGAUACCUUCUCUCUUCCCCGUCUCCUGUUCCAACAGCUCCAAUAACUUUGCUGUCCUCCUCUGUUGUGUCUUCCUGCAUGCCUUUGGGACCUUCCUCCUGGUUUUCUACUCUUAUGCCCGCAUUGUCUCCACCAUCCUGAGCAUCAGCUCCACCUCAGGCAGAAGCAAGGCCUUCUCCACCUGCUCCUCCCACCUCACUGCAGUGACCUUACUUUAUGGUUCAGGCAUCCUUCGCUAUCUUAUGCCCACCUCAGGUUCCCCAUGGGAGUUGGUUUUCUCCAUGCAGUACAGUGUGGUCACUCCCCUACUGAAUCCCCUUGUCUAUAGCUUCAAGAACAAAGAAGUAAAAGCAGGUCUGAAAAGCAUGUUGCAAAAAAGUUUACAUCUUUUUUAGAGUUUACAAAGUUCUCUGCUAGGUAGCAGAGAACAGGUAGAGUGUGAUUGACAAACAGCAUAAUUACAGCAAGAUACCUAAGUAAUAGACAGAAAGGAAAAACUUUGUUCCCUCAUAAUUCCAGACAUAACACGCUAUCUUGUAAAGCCUCCUUUCUUGGAAAUGCACACAGAAAUGCAGAAAAUCACUUGCUUGCUUUGGUUUGUGUUUCAUCUUUCUAGUGUCAGAAAAAUAUAUAUCAGACAACUAUUUCGAUCCAAAUCAUUUGGCUGCAAACAUAGAGGUAUAUUUUUCCUUUUGUUUGUGAAAUGUUACCAAAAUCCCAGCAUUGGGAAAACUGUUCAUGUCCUGAAUGCUCCACCUUGACUCCUGUGGGUAUGAACUUACAA